AUGUCACAAAGUAAUGCGAAUGUUUCUACAGACGAGGAAUCCUUAAAAAAUAUCUUUGAUCAAGCUAUGAAGCUAUUUGAUAAAAUAGAAAACGGCAGUGAAGCUACUAAUAGUGACCCGGUGCAGUUAAACAUAAAAUCAGCUAUUUCAAAAUUUGAAAAAGCUACAAAAUUGGUGUCCAUGACUGGUAUGUUCAGUAAAAAUGAAAGCUUAGAAGAGCUUCCAACAGAAACAUUACAAUAUCUCUUAUUGCCAGCACUGCUUGGUACACUUAGUUUGAAGCUGUGUAAUCAACCACGGAAAGAUAUUAUUAACAUAGCUGAAAUAUAUUUUAGGGACUUUUUGCAAAGGUGCAAAGACUAUGGUGUAACAGAUGUAGAGGUGCCACAGACUAGCAGUAAUGAGGUAUCUACAAGAUCACAGACUGAGCAAGCUAAAAUUGCUACUAUGGUCCUAUCGAGAGAAGCAAAAAUAAAAAGGUAUAAGGAAAUUAAAGAAUUGAAAGAGAAACUUACAACACUAUCGAAAGCUAUGUCUUCACCAAAUGCAGAUGAUGAAACUAAGCGGCAGUACUUUACAACACUCUUACUUAAUUAUGUGACCCAAGCCUUAGAUGAACUAAGUAGCAUUGAGCAGGAGAAACCUAUUUUGGAAUAUAUGGCAAAAUGUGCUGGAGAACCUAAACCGUCACAUAGGGAAAGGGCACCUCCUUUAAAGCCAGUAAUAAUAACCCGCGAUGCCAUACAAAAGGCAGUGUAUGGAGCCGGCUAUCCUUCGCUUCCUACAAUGACUGUAGAGGAGUUCUACGAUAAGAGAGUGAGAGAUGGAAUAUUUCCAAGUUCCGGUACAAAUAUACCUCACGCCACGAUUCAAACUACUGAGGCUGAUGCAGAUGAAGCAGAAGAGAUAAAAAAGGAACGUUUAGUGGACGACGACGAUCCCGAAGAGUUGGCAAGGAAACGCAACAUGGACGAGUACAAGGACGAGCACCGCCGCGGCUGGGGCAAUAGAUACAACAGGAGU